AUGACACGUUUUUGCACUACAAACAGGAUAUCAGAAGCUGAUUCAUCUGUAAAGCAUUUGAUUCAUAAACAUUCUUUAAAUUUGCAUAACAAUUCGAUUGUUGGAAUGGAAAAUGGAACUUUAGUAUUCGAAAAUAAAAGUAUCAGAUGGAACAGAAUUCCAUCAGGAGUUCAGAAUCGUUUUGUAUUGCGAACAAAAAAUUUUACUGAUAUUUCUGCGUCUGAUUUUGAUUUACUCGAUGAACGCGAAAAUAAUGAUUGCCAUAAAGUAACUGCUAGUACAGGUGCAAAUUCAAGUCUUUUUCCAAACGACCUUUUCACGUUGAACCAACGUCGUAACGGGGCGCUUUUGCUUCACUUUUUUGGCUUAUUUUAUAUGUUUGUUGCAUUAGCCAUUGUUUGUGAUGAAUUUUUCGUUCCAUCGCUUGCUGUCCUGAUAAAAAAAUUGUCAAUAUCCGAGAAUGUUGCUGGUGCAACAUUUAUGGCUGCUGGUGGCUCAGCACCAGAAUUUUUUACUUGUUUAUUCGGGGUUUUUCUCACUCAAAACAACGUUGGCAUUGGUACGAUUGUUGGUAAGAAUAAUUUUGACGUUUACAGAUUUGCUAUCCGAAUAGUAAUAAAUUUGAGAAUAUUGAAGUUUUUUAUCUUUCCAAGAGCAAUUUAGAU